GCUUAUUCGACGAGUUUUUGCGUAAAACGAAAAAACCCAACAGAAAAAAAAAAUAAGUAUCGCUCCGAGAACCGUCAGUUGUUAAAGCUACAGAUGUUUGUGCUCCUACUGCCUUGACAAAUGACAUCUUACACAAAUACUGCCGACGUAUGAUUGUUAACUUUGAUAAAAACAACAAUUGUAGUAUGGUAAUAAUUACGAACGCACGGAGAUGGUCUCAUAGAAGUUUUACGACGAUUUCGGCACACGGUCAUUUUUCAGAAUGGACAUGCUCUGAUGUGCAAACAUGGCUCAUAGAAAAUGGUCACGAAGAAUAUGCAGAUUUAUUUUUCUUUCAUGAAAUUGAUGGAAAAGUGCUUUUAACGUUAAAGGAAGAAGAUCUCAAAGCUAACAUUCUAAACAUAAAAAAACUUGGUGCUAUAAAAAAAUUAUAUCUUUCCAUAAAACAGUUGCAGAGAGAUAACAUUGCUGUUUUGUUUGACUUGGGAUAUGUGGAUUUAUUUUCAUCGCCAAAUUUUUAUAGUCAUCAAAGUAAACAUGAGAUGCCUAGUACUGGUACAAAUAAUGAAACAUCUAUAGAACACGAGUUUUAUUCAGCUUCUAUAUCAGAAGAUGGGCAUGCUUCUCAUUUACCACCUGAAAUUUGGAAGGGAUUGAUUAGCCUCGCAUAUUUGUUUAUUGUCACGUGGAUUACUGCCUUUGUGAUGGUUAUUGUUCACGAUAGAGUACCUGAUAUGAAGAAGUAUCCUCCAUUGCCGGACAUAUUUUUAGAUAAUGUACCUCAUAUUCCCUGGGCAUUUGAUAUGUGUGAAGUAACUGGAACUUUGCUUUUUGCUAUAUGGAUAGUUGUGCUUAUAUUUCACAAAUAUAGAUUUAUUUUGCUACGGAGAUUUUUUGCACUAUCAGGUACGGUCUUCCUGCUAAGAUGUGUUACAAUGCUUAUUACUUCAUUAUCGGUACCAGGUGCACAUUUGCAAUGUCAACCACGAAAAGUUCCAGACGAAGACUGGUCAAGUUCCGCAUAUGUCGAGCUAUAUAAUAAAAUAGCAAUGGCUUAUGUUAUCUGGCGAGGUGCUGGCAUGUCCAUUCAAGGUGUCAGAACUUGCGGAGAUUAUAUGUUUAGCGGGCAUACGGUAGCACUAACAAUGCUUAAUUUCUUCAUUACAGAAUAUACUCCAAGACAUUUAUAUUUUUUACAUACAUUCACAUGGAUGCUUAAUAUGUUUGGUAUUUUUUUCAUCCUGGCAGCGCACGAACAUUAUUCUAUCGACGUUUUCGUGGCGUUUUAUAUAACUUCGCGAUUAUUUCUUUAUUAUCACACAUUAGCUAAUAAUCAAGCUCUGAUGCAGCGCGAUUCCAUCAGAACUAGAAUCUGGUUUCCGUUAUUUAGUUUUUUUGAGUCGUCUGUCGAUGGUAUCGUUCCUAAUGAAUUUGAAUCGCCGUCUUUGAUACUUUGCAAUUUAGCAAGUGCAGGAAAAAAUAUUUGCCACUAUGUACAGUAUAUUGUUUGCUUCCGGAAAACGAAACGUAAUGUAAAUGGCAGUUUAAACAGCACAAAAAAAGAACACUAACGUCAAACCGGCACAUAAAAUAUUUUUUCAUUUUUUGUACAUUAUACUUUUAAGAUACAACAUAGGAGAACUUUUUGUUUAAUUUUCUGAUCGCGUUCAAACAAAAUCAUGAGGAAAGAAAGAAUCAACAUAUUUUUAAAAAUGAUCUAAUUUCUACAUCUCUCUACACAACCACAUGUACGUAUACACAUAAACACACACACACACAGUCGAACUUCUCUAUUCUUGUUCUUCAUAUUCUUGCUCUCUGUAUAUCCUUGACAAAAUUUUCUCUAUAAUUUUGUCAUUCCUUAUUGCCACUAAUUGUAAGGAGAGCGUAAGAAUAGAGAGAACGCUCGACAAGAAUAAAGACGUUCUACUAUAUAUAUAUUUAUUAUAUAUAAUUUUCUUUUUAAAACAAAUAAGAAAAUUCUUUUGUACAUUACAUAUAUUUAUGUGUUAAGUAUGUUGACUGUAUUUCUAAUAUUUGGAAAUAACAUUUGAAUGAGACUGUAAUAUAAAUUCUUAAUAUUUAUUUUUCGCAAUAAUAUGAUAUUAGAGAAUAUUAAAAUAUAUAAUUUAUAAUAUUUGAUUAUAUAAAGUAAAGAAAGUGUCUCUUUCUUUCUCUCUUCUAUAUAAAAUGAUCACCCUUCUACUAUCAUCAGAUUUAAACAUUACUCUCCUCAGAAGAGAUUCCAGAAGAGAACAGAUUGUGUGGCACGUAUAAAAUUUACAAUAAUUUAAUGCGAGUUUACGUAGAUUAUUUGAACAAUCAUAAGACUGGUUGUAUAGAAAAAAAAUUGCAAUUUUACAAAUCUUAGUUAUGAUCAAUAUGGAUUUCCAGUAGCACUGUUUCUAGAAAUGAGAAAUCUCUUCGUUAGUGCGUUCUGAAGGAAAUUUCUAUGAAGAUUUAUAAUUAAUUUGUAAAAAUAAAAUGUUCUUCUGUGUUAUUGUAUAUUUCAAAUUUAGGAUUUUAAUAAUUUUGUACAUUUUUUACGCAAUGCUCAUGAAUAUGCGUACUUCAGUUUUUCUCUUUACAAUGCAAGACAACUGGUAUAUAAGUAUAUCAUGGACUGAUCACGUGUGUCAUUGGCAUGCCUGCAGCAAUGUCAAUUUUUUCAGGGAUAUUGUAAGAAAUUUGAUAGCAACCAAGGUAACAUGAUAACGAUAUUAUACACUUUCCUACAUAUAAAUCGUAAUCCUCUAUACAUACAUGUACACAUAAAAGAUACAUAACUAAAAUAAGAAAAUAGUUUAAUACCUUAAUCUCUUACAAAAUGCAUUCUGUGUGUUGUUUAUUCACCAUAUUGUAAAUUACCAUCUUCAAUACUGUAUUCUCUAACAAACGAAAAUAUUGUAUAUUUACCGAGAUCACUGAACGAACCAAGCGAACAAAUAGAAUAAAUAUUUAUCCACGAAUACGAUAAGAUAAAUCCUGUGCUUUCAUAUUGUAAAUGUGAUAGACGUGAAUUGGCAUUUUACAUUAUUAAAAUGAAAAAUUGCAGUUUGCUUUGAAAAGAGUGAUCUGUGGACUCGUCUUAUUCAAACACAUUUUUUUUUCAGUUUAUUUUCAGUAAACUAGACACGUACAGUGCGCGCGCUAUGCGCGCAUUAUUUGUAUUUUACGGCAAGUUUUUAUUUUUGUAGAAAUAUUUUUUUAACUUUUAUACGUUAUAGGAGAAACGCUAUUAAAACUAAAUAAUUUUUAUCAAUAAGUUUUAAGUUUUCUCAACUCGAUUAUUAAAGAACAAUGCUUUCUCUUUCUACAUAA